CCGGAAGUGACGCACUAUAAACAAUAUGGUGGAAUAAAUAUUUUUGUUUCAAGUUGAAUGAAAAUGCAAGUUGUAACAAGACGAUUAUGACUUUUGCUAAUUUUUCAGUAAUUGGAAGAGAUACUGUGCAAAGACUUUCCAUCAGAUAAGAAGACAACAUAAUAAUUCCCAUGGAAAAUCCUGAAGAAAUACUACCUGAAAUUUUAGCAACAUUGUUUACAACAUCCUCACCUGCUACUGAACUCGAGUCACUUAAGCUAAUUCAUAAACAGUUGCGUUCCCUGUCUUCAAUUAAUAACAGAAAUGCUUCAGACUUUGAUCUUAAAUUUACUUUGUCUUCACUGGAAGGAAAUCCAUACCAAGAUGUUGGUAUUGAAGUAUUAUGUAAAACGCAAAAUUUACUGAACAAAUUUACAUGCUACUUGUUAGAGCGGAGGUUUGGUUGGUCAGAGUCCAAUCAAGAAACUGGAGGACGUCGUGUUAGAAGAAUGUCAUGUACCGGAGUUACCCUAGAAGCUAGUGAUGGACAACAGAAAGCUUUUAUCAAUGAUCUUAUAGACAGUUUGAUUCAAUGGUUGAUACAUCAGAAAAUCACAGAAUCACUUUUAAAGUCUUUUGAACACACAUUGAAGCAAGUAACCAACAUGCCUGUUGUUAGAAACAGAGCUGUGGUUCACAUUAUGGAUUGGUUAAAAGAAAACAGGGAGAAUCUCAAAACAUGUUUAUCCUGUGCCACAAUAUUGGUGUUAAUAAAGAUGUCAUUAACAGAUGUGUGGUCAGCUAUCAGAAAUUCUUGUUCUAAACAGUUGGGUCACAUUACACCUUACCUGCCACUCCAGUACCAAGAAGAACUCUUUAAUCAGCUUGUCACAAUCUGUAAGUGUCCCAAAAGUUCCUGGCAAGCCAAAGAAGGUGCAAUCAUGGGUAUAAAUGCUAUGGUACAUCACUACCAAGACAAAACAGAUGUCAACUUUGGAUUGGAGGAGGAAUACAAGAAAUGUCCGCCUCCAGAAUAUAUAUCUAGUCAAAUAAUUGAUGUGGUUUUUACACUCCUGUCCAACCCACAGCUUACCAUCAGAGAGAAUGCAGCUAAAGCUAUUUCAGGAUACAUAUCCUCUGCUGACAUGAAGGAAGCAUUGUCAACAUUUGAACAAGUACUGACACUACUGAGAAAUAAUGUCUUAGUUUCUGACCAAGUCCAUACAGUUAUGUUACCAAUAGAAUUGUUGGAUGACUAUGCAGCUGAAGGCUUCUUAAAUGUCAGUUUGUUUAUACUCAAAGUUUUGCCAUUGAAAGUACUGUUACCAAGAUGGCCUCAAUAUGUAUCAACAUUUCUCUUAUAUCUAUCUCAUCAGGCCUCCACAGUCAGGCAGGCAGCCAGUAAUAUAUUCAAAUAUCUUGUUGCAAAGAGCAGUCAUUGUGUUGUAUUAGUUAAACUGGUUCUUCAGUGUUUGAUCAAGGACUGGGAACCAGACAUAACACACCUAACUUUACCACAUGACCACCACCAUAGUAUGUUAUCUCAGGGAUCAACGAUACCUUCUGUAAACUCUGCAAAAGGUUUACCCUUGUUACAAGCUUGGGAAAGUAGAGAAGGGAGACUGUUUGCAUAUGAACUGAUUUUGAAGUAUUUGUUGAAAAACCACUGGCUUUAUACAUUUGGUCCUGCAGGUGCUGGGUAUAUUGAAAAGUAUCAAACUACAGAAACAGAGGCUGAUGGUAGAGGUGAUGGUAUAACAGGCAAUGGAUCACACAUGCUGUACAAGUCACACACCAUAGAUGCAGGACAAGAGAGUAUUACAAGGAAACUUCAGUAUUCUAAAUCAGAAAAAUCUAUGUUUUAUGGAUCUCAGCAUCAGAAUGGUACAGGGGAGAGGUCUCAUAGACAUACUCAUUCCUUGUCUGAGAGUUUAGAAUCUCCUUAUAAUGUUAAUGGGUCCAGUACGCCUGUGGAAUCCUCGUGUAAUCACGGGACAGAGGAAGUGUUUCAUAAUGGACCAAGCCAGCUUGAUACAACAUACUCAAUAUUGAUGCAAAUACAGGUGCUAGAAAGAUCAAAUAAAAAGAAAAAUCAAAAGAAUUGUCAGCAUUUUAUGCAUAGUACAUCAUUAGAGGAGGUGGAGAAAUUACUCAAAAAUAGUCAACAGAAUAAUUCUAAAAUUGAAGAACUCCUCAAAAAAGAUGUACAUGUAGUUGAUGUGGAUUUUCUCAGCAAUAUCUUAAUAACAAUUCUUCAUCAGACGUUACAGUGUAUGUCAGACAAUCAGUGGGAACUCAAACGGAUGUCUAAACAGGUUUUACCAUGUUUAGCAGAGGUGAUACGAUGGUAUGACAUCAAUAUUUUAGAGAAUAUAUGGAAAGCUUACUUGCCAAAGAAAACUUGCCUGUUGACAUAUGCUGCUUCUGUGAUGUUAAAGGAAUCAGUUGUGCAUUGUGUCAAGUUACUUCCCUUGUUACAGAAACCUCCUAAUGCAUGGCAGGACCAUGACAUGUGUAAACGAGUGAUAUCAAAAAUAGUCUCUAGUGUGACAGUGAAUAUACAGAGUUACCUCCCCUAUAUUGACAUAUUAUUACAACGACCAGUGUUUGACAGGUUAUCAGUGGUUUCUGCCAGCACUAUUAUAGCAGCUCACAGUUAUUUCAACAUUCCAAAUGACCAGAGAUUUAGUCAGAUAGCUACCUUGUUGUCUUUCUGGAAGUUACUGUUUUGUUUUUCUCACCCUAAUACUAGAAUUUCCAAAGAGUUAUUACAGGGAGCAGAUAUACGACUCUUCUCCUCACCUUUUGAAGGAUACCUCAGCUGUUGUCUGGUUAAACCAGAGACAAAACUACAGUGUGCCAAACAGGUUGAGAAGUUUUUUGUGACAGAAGUCCACCAUGGGAUCAAGCCAUUCCUUCUGAGUUUACCUGUAGAAAGUUCCUCACUUAUGUUACCUGUUAUAGCACAUUAUACUGGACUAUUUAUAGAUAAUAAUCACGUCUGUAAAACUAUGUGUGAUUGUUUGAAUUCCUUGGGUUCUAAGAUAACAGAUUUUGUGAGUGGUUUGACUGAUCAACAACAGAUGCAGGGUUGUCUAAAGUGUAUACAUCUGACACUGAAGGAACUAGCAGCUAUAAUUACAAUGAAGACUGCAGACCUACAUAUGGUACAAAAGAUUCUCUCAGCUUAUUUAGUCCUGUGUAAGGUCAUUAAUCCUACCAGACAUCUUAGGAUUAUACUGGUGGCUAUAUGUUCCAGAGUUAGUGAUAAUGUAUAUUUUAACAUGGAGCAUUCCCCACGACAGGAUGAUGACUUUAACCUGUUAUCCAAUGAUAUCCCGAUGUCUGGUAGUCCUGACUGUAUAGAUGAAUGGGACGGUGAAGAUACAGCUAUUAUGGCAAACAGUCCUGGCACAUUUCCUGAAUGUUUGACCUUGAACUUGAGUAAUAACAGUGGUAGUUUACCAUCAGGAAGACUCAGUGCCCUCAGUCAGCAUAGUGACAGGGGAGGUAAUAAAUCUCCAGCUAACAGUGAUAGUGAAGAUGAGAGUUCUGAUUGGGACAGCUGGGAUGAAGAACCCGAGGGACAUUCUGCAUUAAACGAAACCUUCUUUGAUUUUCUACAGAAACUGAAAAAGAUUUGCAGUUCAGGUUCAAAUGACAGUUUUACAUUAGAAGUAAAGAAAUUGGAAAGCAGAGAAAAGUCUUUAAUUAAAGGUUUACUGGAUUGGUAGAUGUAGGCUUAUCAUUGUUGUUAAUUUAAAAUAGGUUUACUACACUAAAUAUUUACUGGAUUAAAACCUAGUGAAUACUGAUCUAACAAAGACUGGAGAUUACUUGAUCAAAAAUAGCUAGUGAUUACUUGAUCAAAACAGAAUGAUGAUAAUUUGAUCAAAACAGCCAGUGAUUACUGGAUCAAACAUAACUGGUGAUAUAAACUAGAUCAAACAAAGGCUAAUGAUUCUUGAUCAAUCAAAGUCUUGUAAAAAAAUAGAUAAAACAAAGACUGGUGUUUAUA